UAUUGGGAUACCUGGUAUGAGAUGGUGAUGUUUUAAUAAAAGAGAGACACGGUUAAAAAAUUAUUUUAAAAGGUAAAAAAGAUGACAGCAUACAGAGGCAGGUUAGGACUAGCUGAGGAGUUUGUGGUUUAUUUUCUGGACAAUAGGGAGCCACUGAAGGUUUUUGAGGAGGGUCUUGAUCAGCCUUGGGUCUUAAUAACAUUAGCUGGCAGCUACACGGAGGAUGGAUUGAAAUGGGGAUAGAAACAAAGCAGAAAACAGUAAUUAGGAGGCAACUCAGAAGUAGUUGUAUUAACCCAACUUCCUCAUUUUACAGGUGAGGAAUCUGAAGCCCAGUGGAAGGCAGACGCUUCCAAAAAUACGGAGUCCGGUCCCUUUCAGGUGCGCGUCCUCUCCCAGAAUCGCCCUUUUAAAUUGGAGACCAGAACUCUUCUCAUCCCAGUGGGAGGUGUUCUGGGAAGUGUCGUUGCCCUUUUAAGGCAAGGCCCCGCCCCGAAGGCAGGACUUAGGGAACUCCUUAAAGGAGCCGGGCGGGUGGGGGGGCAAAGGGGGAAGAGGCGCAGGUUCUCCCGAGGGGAUUAACGUGUGCCCGUCGCCGGCCGGAGCCGCCAUUUCCUGGAGUCCCUGAGGAGGAGCCUACGCCCCCAGCGCGCCCCUGCCCGGCCGGCCGGGAACCCCAGCCUGGAGCGGAGCGCGCGGGGCUCUCCGCUCCCCGCCCCCCACCCCGCUCGAACCACCUCCUCGGACUCUAUAGAGUCGCGGCGGUCGCCGCUGCCACCAGUAAGAAAGAUGUUGAGUUUUUUCCGACGAACAUUGGGGCGCCGGUCAAUGCGAAAGCAUGCUGAGAAAGAACGUCUGCGAGAAGCUCAGAGAGCUGCUACCCACAUUCCUGCAGCUGGAGAUGCCAAGUCCAUCAUAACUUGUAGGGUGUCGUUGCUAGAUGGAACUGAUGUCAGUGUGGAUUUGCCGAAAAAAGCCAAAGGACAAGCGCUUUUUGACCAGAUCAUGUACCAUUUGGACCUGAUUGAAAGUGACUAUUUUGGACUAAGAUUUAUGGAUUCAGCUCAAGUGGCACAUUGGUUAGACAGUACAAAAAGCAUCAAAAAACAAGUUAAAAUUGGUUCACCAUAUUGUCUACACCUCCGUGUUAAAUUUUACUCCUCAGAACCAAACAAUCUUCGUGAAGAGCUGACAAGGUAUUUAUUUGUUCUUCAGUUAAAACAAGAUAUUCUCAGUGGAAAAUUGGAAUGUCCUUUUGAUACAGCAGUCCAGUUGGCAGCUUAUACAUUGCAAGCUGAACUUGGUGACUAUGAUCUUGCUGAACAUGGCCCUGAGCUUGUAUCUGAAUUCAGAUUUGUGCCCAUUCAGACAGAAGAAAUGGAGCUAGCCAUUUUUGAGAAAUGGAAGGAAUACAGGGGUCAAACACCAGCACAGGCUGAGACUAACUAUCUGAAUAAAGCUAAAUGGCUAGAAAUGUAUGGAGUGGAUAUGCAUGUAGUAAAGGCUCGGGAUGGAAAUGACUAUAGUCUAGGGCUUACUCCAACUGGAGUCCUUGUGUUUGAAGGAGAAACCAAAAUUGGAUUAUUUUUUUGGCCCAAGAUUACCAGAUUGGAUUUCAAGAAGAAUAAAUUAACUUUGGUGGUUGUGGAAGAUGAUGAACAGGGCAAAGAGCAGGAGCACACAUUUGUCUUUAGACUAGAGCACCCCAAAGCUUGCAAACAUUUAUGGAAAUGUGCUGUGGAGCAUCAUGCUUUCUUUCGUCUUAGAGGACCUGUUCAGAAGGGGUCAAGUCGAUCAGGAUUUAUUCGUUUAGGUUCACGGUUCAGAUACAGUGGGAAAACUGAGUAUCAGACCACAAAAACCAAUAAAGCGAGAAGGUCAACAUCCUUUGAAAGACGUCCCAGCAAACGGUAUUCCCGACGAACAAUGCAGACAAGAGCAAAUGCAAUGAAACCUGAAGAAUCCAGUCUCCAGAAGAAUGUUCCAAUCCAGAGUAAUGGAUCCCAACAAGUUAGGGGUACAAGGUCAACCAUGCCUGUGAUCUCUUCCAUUCCUUCUGGUCCUGUUCUGGUUGAAAUUGAGAAUCUUCCAAGAAGUCCAGGAAUGAGCCACCAUGACAGGAAAUGCUUGCCUCUGGCUGAUUUACUAGACAACACAGAGCUAUUAGAAACAGCUGAUGAGGAGGUAAUGGAAAUGCCUGGAACCUUGGGAAUAUCUUUGGCCCCUGAAGAAAUCAGCAUGGCUGCUAUUGAGCCUGGUCUCAAGGAAGCUAAUGUUGAGUCCAAUGAAUUCAAGGAUGCCUCUGUGAAGCUCAAACUGCUUGAGAUUGAGAACUGUUCCUCUUCAUCUCCUAAACCCAAUAUCAACAUUAAUGUGAAUAAACAGGAAGAAGUUGUGAAGUUAACAGAGAAAUGUCUUAAUAAUGUCAUUGAGAGUCCCGGGUUACCUUCUUUGAGGAUUCCUCCAGACAUCAAGAGCAACAUCUUAAAGGCUCAAGUAGAAGCAGUUCAUAAGGUUACAAGAGAGGAUGAUACAUUGAGUCAUAAAAACGCCAAUGUUCAAGAUAAUGUUUUCAGCACUGUUUUAAAAGAAGAUAACAAAGUUUUCAGUCCAGGAAACACAACCAUUCUCACACAUCCAAAUGUUGUGGAAGAUAAUUCUGUCCUAAAGAGUGCUACUGAUGAGUUGGAUGCCCUGCUCUCAUCCUUAACAGAGAAUCUGAUUGAUUUAGCUGCUGUACCUCCGGUAUCUUCCUUAUCCUCAGUUACCCCCCGGUGGAUUGUGCCACAAACCAGGACUCUUUCCAAUGGAGUUUUAGGGAAUGAAGUGGCUCUGGAAAGGAAAGAGCAGUGUGGUGAUCCAGAAGUGCUCUCAUUGAUCGCCCAGCCAGGGCCGUUUCUCGUUGAUGCUGUGACCACCUCUGUCCCAGCCUUGGCCGAAGAAGCCUUGAGGAAGCAACGCAAAUGUUUGCUCACCACCGAGCUGUGAGCUUGGGCUCGCCCUGCUCCCCAUCGCCGGGACGCUUGGCCCUGCCCGGAAGCCCGUCCUGGAACUGCGCGAUGGCUGUGAACGUUGUACGGGCUUCGGGGGCCCAGGGAGCUCUCAGCCUUAGCCCCAAACUCCAUUCUGACUCGGCCUCAGAAAGCAAGAGUUAUCGUCGCCGUCUCUGCUAAUAACGCCCACCCCACAGACACGCCCGCUCGCACAGGGACUUUUGUUCUUUCUCUUUGUAACUUCCGAAGCUUUCUCUGGGGAAAUACUCUUGGGGGUACCCCAAGUCUGGGACGGCGGGCCUUCUGGCUGGAGGGAAAAUGAAGGCGUGUGUGCCCUCUAGUGGUCGUGAUAAGUAACUGAUUUCACAAAGCUGAGCUGAGCUUUGGUAUUGUGCAAACCUUCUGAGUCUUACUGCUUUCUCCUCCCCCCCCUUCCUCCUCUCCCCCCCCCCCCCUUUAUAAGCUCCAUCCCUUUUUAAUCUUAUGUUCUUCAGCACCACUGACCUUUUCUGGGAAAUACCUGGGAAAGAGCAAUUGGUCAGGAAUUUGGGGGCAUCAAUGGGGACUGUACAUUUUAGGUAGACAGGACAGAAGAACACCUAUUAUAUAACUUUUGAAGGUCCUAGCAAACUAUAGAAAGUGACUCAAAUCACUUCAUUGACUUAUUUUUCUACCAGCCUGACCCAAUGUCCUAGUUUAUGUUUGCGGGGAUAGAGACUUGCAAAUACCUAUAGAACAAUUCCUAGUCCACUUAGCCCUCUCCUUACAAGUAUUAUGUAAAUGUGGACAUAAAGGACAAUAAGUAAUAUUUACUUUUUGCUUAGCACAUGUUGUUGUUGUCUCUGUGGCUGGGUAGGUUAGUCUGUAUCAGGAAAACUGGUACAGACAUUUCUUAUACUUGUUAAUACUGUUUUACACAGGAACAUAUUCAUCUUACAAAUAGUUUACAUAAGAGAAAAGAGAUCUGUAAAUACUUUCAACUUAUAAAAAUAUUUCCCCUCAUUCCAAUCUAAUGCAUCCACCACUUAGAUCAUGCUACCUGUCCUGCUUCAAUCAGUUUAAGGCAAUGUAGGGAAUUGUUUGGGUAUUAGAGAGUGAACCAAUGCUGCUUGUUAUUACUGUUAGUACUGUUGUUACAACAGUAUUAUCCAGAUGUGGGGUAGAAUUGCAAAAGGGGACCAUAGAUUCUACCCUAAAAGCAUCAAGAUAGGCCCUAGGACAAGAGUAGAGACCAAAUUAAUUUACUGGUUAUGUAACCCAUCAUUGCUGCUUUGGGGGAUCUGAUGGUAAGUUUUUGCUCUCAAACUCAGGGAAAUAAGGAGAAGCACAGUUGCUUCUCAGAGAAGAUGAUUAGACCACAAACCCAUCAGUGCUCUUUUUUGGGCCUAAGUCUAUUUUAAAAUAAAAUCAGAGUUUGUCCACUUAGAGAAGAAUAACAACAUGUGGGCUGGAAACUAGAAAUUUGAGAUCUACUUUGGAUUAAAGGCCUUUCUUUUAUAAAUAGUUGAAUAUUAGUGAUUGCUCAAAAAAUAAUGCAAACAUCUCCUAUAUUCUAAGCCCUAUCUAGAAAGAACUACCAAUCUAGGAAUGAACAGACAUUUCAGUAAGAAAUUUGUCAGUGUUUUUCUAAGAUUCCCAGGCACUCCCAGUUGUUUGUAUAAAGCAAUCAAAAGAAGAAAACCUACUUCAGGCAGGCAUGUGAGCCAAAAACCUAAAUCCUAAAUCAGAUAGUGGCAGUACAUGCCUAACUGUGGAGUCAGCAGGGCUCAUUCACUUUACAAUGAAGGCUCUCUGGGGCCUUCUCAGAGCAAUAACAGCAGGGCUGGGCAAGAGGGUGGGGAGAAAGGAGUGUAAAAGAACUGAAAACGAUCUUAGUAAUAUGGUUGCCAGCCUUUUGAAUUUUGUAAUUGUUGUUGGUAUUUGAAUCUAUAACUCUAGAAAGUUUCCUUUUCAGCUACUUUGCUAAAAUAUUCUGCACAAGGAUAUAUCUUUUGGACUAGCCUUGGUUUGUACCAUUUAACCUAAAAGAGCAUUAAAUGCUUUGGUUUAAAGUGCCCUUUUCUACCACCAGCAUGUAUAUAAAUAAACAAACAGUAGCAUCUGACAGAAUUGGUUAGGAUUCCAGUCUUGAACUGCAUAAGGUAUUGCCUUUAUUUAGGAGAAAUUUGGCACUUCCCAUCAACCACUUCUCUUUACCAGCUGUUUUUAAGUGACAAUAUAAGUAUUGUAAGUGGCUUUGGUGAAGGAACCACCUUGGCUUAAGGAUAAAUUUGCCAAUAGUUGUCGUUUAUUUAGAGGGUUUCCAAAAAAUAGAUGUCAUACUCUGGAAUCUGGAAUUUAGCCUGAGGAAUAUUUAAUUGGGCAAAUUAGUGGCAAUUUGGGUAUAGACCGCAGUGCUUUUAAUAUAACUGAGAUAUGUUAAACCAUCUACAUUUUACAUUGGUAGACUCAUAGAAUAUUACAGCUGGAAGGUUCCUUAAAGUUCAUCUUGUUCAUUCUUUAUAAAUUAGGAAACUAAAGCCUGGGAUCUGAUUUGACUUGCUCUGUACCACAUAGCAGGUCUAUUAACACAACCCACAUAUUGUUCUUACUAAAAUUGUUUAUUGUAUAUAAUCCAUUAAAACACAGGAGCAGAAUAGCUGGGGGAAAACAUCUAAUACUUAUAUUUUCAUUUUCACAUAAUCAUACUUAGUCAAGAUAGAAGCUUUCUUAGCAUUCAUUUGAAUUCCAAACUAUCAAAAGAUUUGAUGAUAGUUUUUUUUUUUUAAGAUUUUGCAUCUCAUGUGCAGUUCCUUAAUUAGCAUCCCCUAGGAAGUAAUAGACCUGGCAGGUGAAUUUAUAAUGUCUUACAUAUAAUAGAUACUUAAUAUUUUGGGAAAUAAUUGGGUGGGGAGUGAAAUUUCAACUGCUACUACCAGGAUUUUGGGCAUUAUUGUUCUUGUUAGUGUGUGUGCACUUUGAAUAGUGACUCACUGUGCUUCUAGCUUUUUUCCCCCUCUGAGACAAUUGGGGUUAAGUGACUUGCCCAGGGUCACACAGCUAGGCAGUGUUAAGUGUCUGAGGCCAUACUUGAACUAACUUCAGGACUGGUACUCUAUCCAGUGCGCCACCUAGCUGCCCUCCGCUUCUAGCUCAUGAUAGUAUGAGUUCAGUGGUUAAAGGCCUGUGAUAAUAGAAGAAUCUGGUAAUGAGAAAAGUUAUUGUCUUUUAUACAUGAUAAAUGAGGACUAUGUAUUGUAAGUGGACCCAAAAGAAGGAAUAAUUAUGUAAUUUUGCAGGUUCUAUCUAGAAUUUUAAGAUUGUAAUAAAAAGUGGCAUUAGAUAAAGGAGUGAAAGGAGAAUAUUUGCAAGAGAAGACAGGGUAGUAACAUUUAAAACAAGUACUUAGAGGCAGCUAGGUGGUGCAGUGGAUAGAGCACCAGCCCUGAAGUCAGGAGGACCCAAGUUCAAAUUUGGCCUCAGACACAAGUACUAAUUUCUAGUCAGGAGACUAUAUUCCCCUUAAAUAAUCUCAUCAUCGUGAUGUCCAAGUAUCAGUCUAAAAUAAUUAAGGUUUCUGUAAUGAACUGAGGUUUCCAUACAGUUAUCUAAGAUCUCUAAAAAGAGGAACUGAUGAAGUUUUUAAUGAAUUUGAAUCAGAAGAAAUGAGAGCAUGUUUUCAUAUUCAGAGGAAGAGAAGAGCUAAGGCAGUAGUUGUGGUUUGUGGUAGUUUAGGAAGGUGUUCGCAUUGUUGAAUUGGAAGGCGACUUGGAUGUGAUUUACAGCAGAGAUAAGAGACUGACAUUGGUCAAAAUGGCAGGCAAGCUUUGCCAGCCAUGGCAUUCUCCACAGAUUCCAGCUGGCAGAUUUGGCUUUUGUUUUUUGCUUUGUAUCCAUUAGGUAUAAAGAUAAUAAAAUGUAGGCAUUUUGAUUCAUUUUCAAUAAUUUAAAAUGUAAUAGCCUGUAUUAUUGAGGAAAUCUAUCUCUUUACCUUCAUUAAUUUGUUUCAGAUUUUUCCUGAGGAAUCAUUUCCAAAAGAAUAUCCAGCAUUUCACUUAUAGCCCCCAGAGGCUGUUACUUGCCCAAGGUCACACAGGGAAGAAGUAACACAGCAAACCUAUGUCCUCUGAUUCUAGUUCAAGAACUCAUUCUGCUGUACCAUACUGAUACGUACUUCUCUACUCCAACAUGUGAUUGAAUAGGAAUCUCUUUUAAAAUAGUUUCAUCAAGUACUCUUUGAGCAGAAACUAGCUUCUCUUCAAACUAGCUUCAAUAAGAGAAAUUCAACUACCUACCAAGGAAUCCCAUUCCAUUUUGGAUUACUGCAUUUCCUCACCUUUUUGUGGAACUGGAAUCUACCUAUCUGGACUACUCCUUUUAUUUUUCUAUAUUUCUAUUUGAAAAUCUUUUAUCUUUUUGCUGGGGGCAGCUAGACAGUGGAAUGAAUAGAGUUCCAUACCUGGAGUCUAGAAGACUUAAGUUCAAGUCUACUCUUAGACAAUUACUUGCUGUGUGAACUUGGGCAAGUUACUUAACCCUGUUUGCCUCAAUUUUCUUAUCUGUAUAAUGAGCUGGAGAUGGAAAUGACGAAAAGCAGUAUCUCUGCUAAGAAAACCCCAAAUGGGGUCAUGAAGAGUUAAUUAUGACUGAAAUAUUUGAACAAAAAAUAUCUACUUGAGUCUCCUAAAUUUUCCAUAUUCCCAAGAGUGAAUAUCCAUAGUUUCUCCAGUUAAUCCGUGUAUAUCACAGUCUCUUGUCAUGUUGCAAGUUCUAAAAUAUGUCAUCUGGAAGUUAAUACAAUUUUCCAUAUAUGUCACAGUGAAACUGACAGUUUCUAUUUAUUUAAAGCCACACCAUUGCAUCUAACCUCUUCUUUUUUUUUAAUUUCAGUUUGAUUUUCUUUCACCUUUUCCCCCCAUCCAUUGAGAAAACAAGGAAAAUAAAACCCAUUACAAAUAUAUAAUCAUAUAUAACAAAUUCCCAUGUCCAAAAAGAAAACGAAGAAGAAAAAAAUUAGUAUUCACUCUACUUAUUGAAUCCAUUACCUAGGUCUGUCUGGAGCUGGGUAGCAUGUUUUAUUAUGAAUUCUUUGGAUUUGCUAUUGUCAUUGUGUUUCUAAGAGUUCCUAAGGCUUUCACAGUUGAUUCUCUUUAUAUUACUAUACUAAUAUUGUUCUGGUUCUUCUCACUUCACUUUGCAUCAGUUCAUAUAAGUCUUCCCAGAUUUUUUUGAAACCAUUCCCUUCAUCAUUUCUGAUAGUACCACAUAAUAUUAACAUAUUCAUCUACUAUAACUUGUUUUUAAUGGGCAUCUCCUCAGAUUGUAAUUUUUUUUAACCAUAAAAACAGCUGUUAUACUUUUGUACGUAUAGGUCCUUUUCCUUUUUCUUUGAUUUCUUUGUGACACAGAUCUGGUAUUUCUAUUGCUGGAUCAGAGUCUGCACAGUUUUUAGAGCUUUUAGAAUUCUCCAGAAUGAUUGGACAGAAUGAUGUUUCUCCAACAGCAUAUUAGUGUCUCUGCUUUUCCAUAUUCUUUUCAGAAUUUGUCAUUUUCCUUUCUGGCCAACUUAGCCAGUCUGACAGAUAUACUAUUCUUAAAAAUCUGAGCUUUUUUUUUUUUUUUUUUUUUAAGUAGUUUUAUAUACUCGUGAAUCAUACAAGGUUUGUAAUCUGCUGAAGUCUGAAAAUAUUUUUUGUGUGAACACUUCAGUAGCAUCUUCAACUUUCUGUAUUUUGCCCAUUUGAGUGUUAUGAGCCCUAUACAUUUUAGUGUUUUGUUGAUAUUCUUUUAUUUUUUUGUAUCAUCAUUGUUGCCAGUGCCUCCAUCCCCAACAGGCAGUACUUUGCUUUAUUUGAGAUAGGGAAGAAUUAUAUGGGGUAGGGGAUUAUAAUGGUUUUGGCAAAAACAAACAAAAAAAGUUAAUGAAACCCUUAGGUGUAGAAGAAAAUAUAAAAAAAGUUCAGAGAUAGACUCUUUAAAUUCAGCCCCAGGCAAUUACCAGAUUUAUGACCUUGGGCAGUUUAUUUAACCUCUGUCUGCCUCGGUUUCCUUUAUUUUACAAUGAAGAUAAUAAUAGUGCCUACAUGACUGUGAGAAUCAAAUAAGAUAAUAUUUGAAAAGCAGUACAGUGCAGGAAACAUUAAAUAAAUGUUCCUAUUGCAAUCCAACCUUUUUUAAAUUUUAGAAACCUUCUCUUUUAUAAUUCAUCCUAGAGUUUUGCUAACGACCAAAAUCAAGUUUACAAUCCAAUUUAAAGUUGAAAGAAUCUCCUUUUAUGGUAGAUGGGAUAUUUGUCCAUAUCCUGGCCUGCCCUCUUACCCAUUCACAAUUUUUCAAAGAUGACGGAGCUACCAAAAGAUUAUUCUCCUUUAUUGUUGCAUUGGCUCCAAUCUUCUUUUUAUUCCCACUAUAGAUUAAAAAAAAACCCUUAAAAAAAAAUCUUAGCAUUGUUUGUUAACCUUUGGUCAUUCUAAAUAUCAUACUGUUGGAUACUAUGCUUUUUUAGAACCUUGCUGCCCUACUGCUGCCUUUUGUGACUUUUUAAAAAAUGACCUUGACAUAGACAUUUCCAUAUAUAAAGAAAAUGAAAAGAUUGUAUAUGAAAUUGUGAAUCUAUUACAAGCUUAAAAAAAUACAUUAAUUUUAAUAUGUUUGUACUAAUGCUGUCCUGCUUGUCAAUGUGUCCUGAAAUUCCUUCUAUUCUCAUCUAUAUAUUUUAAUGUGCCAUUUGAUGUUCUUUCCUUUUUGCAUCACUAUUACUACUCUCUGUCCCAAUUCCCACCUUCUGCUCCUUCUGGUAGGGAAGGCAUUUAGGUUCAUCUUUGUUGCAGUGGGGAAGAAUUCUAUGGAAAAGGAAUAGUGGCAAAGGGGGAAAAAUUAAUGAAACACAUAGAUACAGAAAAAAUGAAAGGAAGUUCAGAAGCAGACAGUGAAAUAAUUUGUUUUAUAAUUACCAUGUUAAUUUAUUAUAUAUUUUUUUUAAUUCAAGCUAUACAUAAUUUAUAAUCUCAGUUUUAGAUGUUAAUCUCUUUUUUUUGUUCUUUGUAUAUGAAAAUUAUUACAUUAGUGGCUGUAGAAGUACACAGUUUUAAAAAUAUAUAUUUUUCAUCCCUUCUGUGUAUAACAAGUAAUUAUAGUCAAGCAAAGCAAAUUCACUGCCCUUUGGCAGUUUGGCCAAACUUAUGGAUUUUUUCUCAGAAUGUCUUUAAAUGCAUAGGAUUACAAAGGAAACUAAUUAUGUUGAAAUAUAGUUAACAAAAUAUAGUUUAAAAGUUCUUGGAUUUUCUUCCUCCUCACCACAUUAAAAACAUUUGCCUUAGAUCUUCGGAAAAAGGUCAGAAAAGUACAGGGAGAUCCUGAGGCAAACAAUUCUACAGAUGAAAUCUGCCUAAAUAGGAUGAGAAAUGUUCAUGAAUGAAAUUCUAACUAUGCAAAUAAUUCUGAUGAGGAAGGAGGAGCUUUCUAAAAAUAGCAAUAUGGAAACAUAAGAAAUUCAUGUACCAAUUUAAGAUUAUUAAAGACAUGUAAAAUUCUUUUUCAAAUAUAUUAAUAGAAUGGAAUAUUAUGGUGCUUUAGGCAAUGCCAGAGAAUAGAUUCUGAGAAAAUUUGUGUCAAAUGAUGCUCAUGCAAAAUGUAGCAAACAAAACUAGGAGAAUAAUUUAUAUGAUUUUAAAAAUGUCCAAAGAAAUACAGCUUUUAAAUUCUUUAGAUUUCUUAAUAUAAUGAUCAAUCCUGACUCUAGGAGGCUAAUAAGGAAAUAUACUUCCAUCCUUCUAGCACAAGUGCAAAAUGAGACAUACAUUUUUGAACAUGCCGAUGUUUAGUUUACUUGACUAUACUUAUUUGUUAUACACAGAAGGAGUGGAAACAUUUUUUUUUAAAACUAUAUACUUGUACAGCCACCAAUGUGAUAAUUUCCAUAUACAAAGAACAAAAAAAAGAAUAACAUCUAAAACUGAGAUUAUCAAUUAUAUACAGCUUAAAUUUAAAAAAAAUAUAUAUAUAUAUAUAUAUAUAAAUGAAGCUUUUAUUCAGGGGUCUGAUUAUCCUGUAUGGAUGACUAAUUUGCUUUUCUUUUUUUCUAUUGUUAUCUCUCUUGUUGAUUCUUUUACAGUUUAGCAUCUAGUAUAUCACUUUACUAUGGACCCUUGCUUACUCCACUAAGUUGGUAUUUCCACUUUCUAUUUAAUAGCCAGAAGAAGGGGAGAAGGUUGAAAUUAGUACUUAAAAAUAAGAUUUGUAGGUUUCUGUUUCAUGUGCUGUGCUCUUUAUCUUAAAGCAACUCAAAACAAUGCCUUAUCUUUGAUGAGUAACUAGUUUAACCUUCAUAAACAAAGGGCACAGUAUUUUUACAGUAUCAACUUACUGGGAACAUAAUUGGUUAGAAGGAUCUAUACAUUGCUUUUUGAACCUGAUUUAUAUUCCACUCCCCUUUUCUAAAAUCUGAGAUUGUUUUUGAAGAACUGGGUUUUGUUUUGUUGUUGUUGUUGUUGUUGUUGUUGUUUUAAGGUAUUGCUUUCUGUAAGUAUUCUCCUUUCAGGAUUGCAUCCCUACUCUUCCUUUUCUUUUGAUAUAACCUAAUUAUUGUGUAAAUAACCAAGUAGAAAAAGGCUAAAGCUGUUCCUUGUACUCAGAGCACUGAUCCCAUGUAUUUCUUAAGUGCCCAUUUACCUGUCACCCUUGAGAUUUUGUUUUGAAGAAACAUUUAAUUGGCUUCUACUUGGAUAGAUAGAAAAAUCUAAUGUGUACAUGAGACACCUACAGAAACAAAAUUAUUAAGGAAACCAUUUCUCUUUAGGAAGAAGUGGAGAGUUGUUCUUGAAGCAGGUGGCAAUGUAAUAUAAUGCAAAGAGCACACUACUACUCAAAUUAUGAUCCAGAGACUCGAAUUAUCGUCAGAACUCUGCCACUAACUAGCAGGGUGAUUUUAGGCCAUUAAUACACUUAACCAUAUUGGGUCUCAGUUUCCUUGUUGAACAGUAUUCAAGGUCCCUUCAAGCUUUAAAAUUCUUUGACUUCCAUUGAGCUCAUUGUCCUAUUCAGCCUUCCCUAGAUCUUUUGAGAUGCUGGGAAUACAGAUACAAGCAGAUGAAAGGAUACACAUUUAAAAUAAUAACUUUCUUCUUCUCCCUGUCCUUCUUUGGAAUUUGAAACAAUGGUUCUUCAAUGAUUAGAAGUGUAUUAAGCAACUCUGAUUCUUCUUUCUCUACAAAAACCUGACUUGUUGCCUGCUGUCAAGCUUUGUGUAAGUGGUAGAAUGCUGAAUUUGCCAUAUAGACACAUAGCAGAGUUGAAUUUUAUCCCCAACUUCCCCGGUAGUGGAAGCCUCAAGAAAAGAGAACAUAGUUUACAAGUCCCUAAUCCAUGUAAUUUGUCAUUUUCCUUCUGUCAGAAUGACUUUGUUGUAGCCAGGUUUUCACAAAUGGACCAACUCCCUGUCCUUUUUAUCUUCAACUUGACAUUUUAGACUUCAGAAUUUAACUAUUUUAUGUUUACUUUUUAUGUAUGUAAAGCUUGGUGAUAGUUCUCAAAGUGUAAUUUAUUGUUUUUUUAAAUCUCAAGUGCACCCUUCACUUUGUAUUACCACAGUUAGAAUUUUUCCUUGAUCUGUACUAGAGACACUGAGGCGUAUUUAUACACUGGAACAAAAAGUAUAAUUUGUGACUGCACUCCAAUAAAUAUUUUAUGAAAUGUUUACACUAGGA